UGUUCAAAACCAUGGUUACGUCUAUAUUCUAUGGCUCAAUUUCUGUCCCCUUAUAUCUCUUCCUCUCUAUUUCUCUUAUUUUAGGCCCCAAACAGGCUCUUGGUUUCCCAAUUUCGUACUUGGUCCCUGAGAAACUCUACAACUCCAUCUUUUUGCACAAGGAUGACUCUGCUUGCCCAGCAAAAGGCUUCUACACUUACUCAUCCUUCAUUAAUGCCGCUCGAUCUUUUCCAGAUUUUGGCAAAGAUGGCACCAUCUCCACUCGUAAGAAGGAAGUUGCUGCUUUUCUUGCUCAAAUCUCUCAUGAAACUACAGGAGGGUGGGCAACUGCACCUGAUGGACCAUAUGCAUGGGGUCUAUGCUUCAAAGAGGAGGUGAGCGCACAAAGUAACUAUUGUGACUCCACCAACAAGGAAUGGCCUUGCUCGCCUGGGAAGUCCUAUAAGGGAAGGGGACCCAUCCAAAUCUCAUGGAACUACAACUAUGGUCCAGCAGGCAAAGCUAUUGGCUUUGAUGGUUUGACAAACCCGGAAGUGGUCGCCAAUAACUCGGAUAUCGCUUUCAAAACCGCUCUCUGGUUUUGGAUGACUCCUCAAGAGCCAAAGCCUUCAUGCCAUGCAGUUAUGGUAGGCAAAUACAAGCCCACACCAGCAGAUUUGGCGGCAAACCGAACAAGUGGUUUUGGGUUGGUGACCAAUAUAAUAAACGGUGGUUUGGAGUGUGGCAAAGGAGAUGACAACCGAGUCAAUGAUAGAAUCGGUUACUUCAAGAGAUAUGCUGAGAUAUUCAAUGUCACCACUGGGCCUAAUUUAGAUUGCUCUAACCAAAAGUCAUUUUAAUGUGUAUUAAUUUAUAUUUUUGUGUCAUUUUUUUUCUUUUUGGGUUAUUUGUUAUUUGGGUAGGUGUUUUGGAGAAAAAAGUAAAGCAAAUACCUUCUUUUUUUAAAAAAAAAAAAAGAAAAAAAAAAGUCAUGGGUGUCCUGAGUUCGUACUGUUGGGAUUUUUGUUGUUCCUGUUGUUUUUGUAUUGGUGUGUGAGAAAGAGAGAUCGAUCGAUCCUUGUUUGAGGUGUACGCUUUAUAUAAAGGAAAAGUUUUCUUA